AUGACAGCGAUUUUGUCGUUUCUCUGCUCCGAGCCGUUGGUCUCGUCGUGCGCGGCGCGGCGGACCGCCGACUCCUCGGACGAAAACUAUUUAUUGGACUCGGAUUCGUGGGACUUGUGCACCGAAUCCACGAGUAAGGAGUACGAAAAAGUGCUGGCUCGAUCGCCCACGGUCUGGUCGGAGGAUUCGGGGAAGGGCGAGGGCCAGAAGCGGCGGCAUCGUCUGAGACGAAUCAUGGUGAGUUUGGCGACAAGUUCGUCCGAAAUUUUCGAAAAAUCGCUUUAAAAUUUUUGAAGAUUUUUGUGUUAGUCUAUCGGGAAAAUAAUGAGAACUCUCUCACAUCGAAAAUCGCAGUAAAAAAUUAUUUGUAUCGUUGCAAAGUGAUAUUGCCUUUCAAUUCAGCAACGCGAACGUCGCAACGAAAUUGCACUCAUUAUUUUCCCGACAGACUGAUGAUGCUAAUUCUAAGAGAUUUUACGUAAUCUCCCCUUCAAAAUCCAUUGAACUCCAAUAAAAUGUUGAGCCGUUAAAUCAGUUUUAUGAGUCAUUUCGUAAGCUCAAAGAGCAUUUAGGGAUCAGAUGACACUGAACAAAAUGUGUCUGGAAAAUAUAGAUUUCCCAGGCAAAAAUCAAAGAAAAUCAUCCAGGAUUGCGGAUUCGGCUCGUAUUUCAAAGCUGUCCUAGUUUUGGGCAAAAAAAUCUUUGAACUCUGAAAGACUUGGGCUGAAAAUUUUUAGACCGGCUAAAAUUGUGUGUAUUCUGUACAGUGGGAGAGCUGUUCCAGUGGCAAAAAACAUACCAUUUUGCAUCCAAGAAGUAUCAAAAAAUGUGGCAAAAUACCUCCUUCUCCGAGUGAAAAAACUCAGAUUUCAAAAGCUCUUUUGUGAGGAAAAAGGGCGCGCCCUUCAAAACGAAGUUUUUUCACUUGGAGAGGGAAGCAUUUUGCCACAUUUUUGAUACUUCCCGGAGGCAAAACGGUACGUUUUUCGCCACUGGAUCAAGUCCCCCACUAUACUAACUAAUAUUUACGAAUCAUAUCAAAAAAGACGAAAUCAGCCCCUUUUCUUCCAGAAUAUCUUCGGAUCCGCGUUGAAUCCGCUGAAAUGGUCGCGAGAAUGGAGCACGGACUCGGUGGACUCGGGCUAUCACGGCGCCUACCAUCCGCAUCGGCCCGGCCAAGUGGGACCCUCUCGGACCGUGAGUUUCGCCGACCGACCCUCCGCACGAUAUCGGAUAUUGAGCGAGGUGAAUUUACAAUACCUUUGUUGGAUAAUUCCUCUAAUUAAAACCCAUAUUUUAUCCUGUUUUAGACCGAAAAUUCGUCGGACGAGGACUCGGAAGUCCAACAUUUCGCGAUUGUGGACAUUGUCCCGGGCAAGAAGCCGCGCUGGAUUUCCGACGCCACUCGGCUUGAGGAGCGCUCUCGGUGGACGAAUGACAAGAAACCGCACAGCUUCGACUCCACCCUCCAGCGUCGGAGGAGCCUGUCGGCGCAGCGAACUUGCCGGCUGAAUCGUCGAGCCUACAGCUUGAACAGAGUCAUGGAACUGGACGCUGCUGUCCGGAGAAAUGAAUACGCCGCGAAGAUGGCAAAGCGUCCGGAAAGCUCUUAUAUCGGUGAGUAGUUUUAACCAAAAAAAAGUUCAGGAAGGGAGUAUUUUCGAGAGAGCACGCGAAAUGCGGAGAGUUGGUCAGACAAAAAAAUAUUUUUUGUCUAAAAAAUUGUUUGUUUCCAGAAAACUCCACCCAUCUUUAUCGCGACUACAGUGACUACAAAGAGCCUAUUUUCUACUCCAACGGAGACGAUGAAACUUAUGGAGAAGUCGAAUUGCAUGAUCAAGAUCCUCUCCCUUGGAAUCAGUAAGAUUUUUUUGGGUUUUUCGGCCUCUUACGAAAAAAUUAUGAUGGCAAAUUAUCUAAAUCAAAAUUUUAAGUUCCGCCCAUUCAUUAUAAAGGUCGCAAAUAUACUGUAGUUACAUUUUUAGCCCUUCUCGACCCUUCAAUCGCAGUGAAAACAACGCCCCGCCACGGCCUCCAAAGCCCUCGACCCUAAACCCCGAGACGGCCCAUUAUACCAACGAAAUCAUGGCCCCACCUCGACCACCGAAACGCAUCUCCACCACUGUUGUCAUGUCAUCGCAAUCCACGCAGCCUCGACUCCUGCGACGACAAAAACACACCGAAAUUUUGUGA